AGUAGACUGUUUAUUUGAUGUGAUGUGGAUUCAUCAAUUAUUAACAAUUAAAUAUACUUUAUAUAUGGUGGCAAGGCUGAGCUACCUUAGGGCCGAUUUUCAAGUUCUGAAAAAAUUAAUGAAACUUCGCAAAUCACAGCUAUAUUCUUUAGUCUUUCUAAUAUUCUUCCUCAAUUUUUUCCUUGUUCUUUUCACUCCCUCCAAUGAAGAUCGUACAAUUCAUAUCCACUCAGAUUCUCCUUCCCAACAAGGGAAAAUACCUCAUAUGCUUUUCUCAACAUCUGAAUAUAAGAGCUACAACAAUACAGUUCGAACAAGGAUUAAGAAUAUGACCAGUUUGGAGAGUAUUGAAGAAGGUUUAGCUAGAGCACGAGCAUUGAUCCUGGAAGCACUUCAUUCCCAGAAUCACACAACUGUUAAGAACAAGACUUUUGUCCCAAAAGGGUCAAUUUACUGGAAUCCACAUUCCUUUCACCAGUUAAGCUUGAAUGAUUCUGAAUUUCUGAUUUUUUAAUUUCUUUUGGUUUGGUUUCAGUGUAUUGUGCACAAUAAGUCUCAUAAUACUUUUAGAUGCCAAAACAAAUAUUCUUUACAAGGAUAAUCUUGAGAUCAGAUUCAAGACCAUAUAUCAAAGUUCACAAGUCACUGUUUUUGUAAUGUAGUGCUGUGCAUUAGUGCAUAAUGCAUAAUCAUAGGAAGUGAUAACAAAUUAUUAAAAUCAUUUAUAUCAAAUGCAAAUUUCACAAUACACCCCAUAUAGCAAUACACCCAUAUAGUUUAAUUUUGAUCUCACUUAGUUUCUGAACUUGUGAUCGUCUGUCAAUUCUAAAUAAACGCCCAAUUAUGACCAAAGCCUAAACAAGAGCUACAAUUGCAUGAAAUAAAGUAAACUCGUUUAUUUGUUAAAUAUUAAUACACUAAUUCCCCCCCUAAUACAGCUUAGCAAAAUUUACUUUUUCUAACAAAGUAGUUACUACUGAAAAAAGAAGAUCAAAUAUACCGGGUCAAUUCAACAUAAAUGAUCUUAUCUUAUACAAAAUGGAAAUAUCAGGAGUCACAUGGAGAUGAUGAAGAGAUUCAAGGUUUGGGUAUAUAAGGAAGGAUGGCAGCCACUGAUACAUGAUGGACCCGUAAACAAUAAAUACGCCAUCGAAGGCCAAUUCAUUGAUGAAAUGGAUGCAAGUAACAUGAGCCCAUUCAAGGCUAGCAAUCCUGAAGAUGCCCAUCUCUUCUUACUUCCCUUCAGUGUAGCUAAAGUCAUUCGCUAUGUUUACAAGCCUAGAAGGUCCAGAUCCGAUUAUCAUCCUCACCGCUUACAACGUUUGGUGGAGGAUUAUAUUAACAUUGUUGCAAAUAGAUAUCCUUAUUGGAACAGAAGCAAAGGUGCUGAUCAUUUUCUUGUUUCAUGCCAUGAUUGGGGUCCAAAAAUUUCAUAUGCCAAUCCUGAACUCUUCAAGUACUUCAUCAGGGUGCUUUGCAAUGCCAACACUUCUGAAGGAUUUCGGCCCAACAUGGAUGUGUCCAUUCCAGAAGUGUAUUUACCUGCUGGAAAUCUUGGCCCACCUAAUAUGGGUCAACACCUCUCUAAACGUACAAUAUUAGCCUUUUUUGCUGGUGGAGCGCAUGGAAACAUUCGGAAAAAAUUAUUGAAGCGAUGGAAGAACAAGGAUAAAGAAGUUCAAGUUCACGAGUACCUUCCAAAGGGUCGAGACUAUACAAAGUUGAUGGGUCUAAGCAAGUUCUGCUUGUGCCCCAGCGGAUACGAAGUGGCAAGUCCUAGAGUGGUGGAAGCAAUUUAUGCUGGGUGUGUUCCUGUGAUAAUUUGUGACAAUUACUCUUUGCCUUUUAGUGAUGUGCUUGAUUGGAGUCGAUUUUCCAUGGAAAUUGCCGUUGAUAGAAUACCAGAAAUUAAGACUAUUUUACAAAAUGUUUCAAAAAUUAGGUAUAGAGAGUUGUAUACGAAUGUAGGAAGGGUUCGGAGGCAUUUUGUGAUAAAUAGGCCAUCAAAGCCAUUUGAUUUGAUACAUAUGAUACUUCAUUCACUUUGGCUCAGAAGGCUAAAUUUUUGGUUAAUAGCUUCACAAUAAAACGAUUAUU